CAGUGGGCAGGGGAAAGUUAGAGGAGGAAGAGAUUUCAACGAGUAGUGUGAGAAGAGGAGGAAGAGGAGGAGGAGCAGGAGACACUCUUGGCCUGCAGAAGAGAACAGUUACUCACUCGCUCACUCGCUAUACCUGAAGAAGGCGAAGAAGGGAGUUCCUGAAGGGGAUGAUUUGUGCUAAAGAUCUUUUCGACGUUUGAAACAUGGCGAUGUACUACAAGUGGACGGUGUUGGUGGCGGUGAUACUGGUGACCUUUCCAAGCCUAGGUCACUCUCGGAAGGAGCUCGGGUCACCGGGGCGCAACACAAGGAAGAACAAGCCAACCGUGACCCAGAUAGUUGAGGUCACCACCGAGGUCACGAAGAACGAAACCACAAGCGACUUCGAUGUUACAGAACCCACGAAGAACCACAGUGACUCGACUUCGAUACCAGGAGACCCAAGCGAAGUAGGCGAGCAUGUUCAAGUCGAAGAGGAUUCAGUCACAACCGCCCUUACGACCCACCAAAACCAGGCAACUGAACCCACUAUAUUCAGCUGGCUCUACGGGAGGAUCAUGUACGCUUUUGAAUCCUACUCGAAGUCGGACUCCUUGUGGUCUUGGAUAACUGGACUCGGAGGAGGAGAAGGAGACGCAAUAUCCACCACGGCGUUAGCGGAAUCCAGGCUGCAUGACUUUAAGUUCUCCCCAUUUGCGUAUGAGAUUGUGGAGUACCUGAGGCCUUGGGGAUUCAAGCCUUAUCCGGAUCCGUAUGAGCCGCUGUAUCUCGACAAGGAUGAUAUAUGGAAGUUCGCCCUUAACUGGUUGAUUGGGUUAGGCAUCCUGUCGACCAUGUGGCGUAGUUAUGGCCUUCCUCUACCCUUCGGCCUAUACGAGAAAUUUGGGAUCAUUCUCGCCCCGCCAGGCUUCGACCCAGACGCCGAGAAUGAUGAUAACCAUGACGUGGAGGAUGAAGAGAAGGAGGAGGAUGAGGAUGAGGAAGAGGAGGAGGAUGACCCGUAUGGAGAUGACGACGAGGAGGAAGAGGAGGAAGAUGACCCGAAUGGAGACGACGACGAGGAAGAAAAGGAGAAAGAGGAGGAAGAUGACCCACAUGGCGAUGACGAUAAAGAAGAGAAGGAGGAAGAUGACGAGGAGGAUAACUAUUAUAAAGUCGGAGAGGAGGAGGAGGAGGAGGAGAAAGAGCGAGAACACGAGAGCUUUGCAGUUUUCCGCCAGAAGGACCCGGAAGAUGAGGAUGACGAGGAGGAUGAUAGAUAUAACGAUGAGGAUGAGGAUGAAAUGGAAAUGGAUGACGGGGAAAUGGAUGAAGGGGAAAUGAAUGACGGGGAAAUGGAUGACGGGGAAAUGGACGACAUGGGUAGCGAGGAGGGCGUUUCCAGCUACACAUUCUACAACAUCCCCGGAGACGAGGAAAUGGAAGAAAAAGGGAUGACUGGGGAUGACGAUAACUUAAACGGUGAUAGCAAAGAGAAGGAGGAAGCCGAAGAAGAAGAGGAAUCGAGUUACACUUCCUACAAAACCUCCAACGCGAGCAGGAGAAUAGACCACACUCGAGGCACCCCACAGACCAAGAGGGUGAGAAAACCAUCCAAAAAGACCUCAGGGACAAGCCACAGACCAAAGACAGCCUCAAAGACUCCCAAAAGACGCGUUCAGAAGUUUCAAAGCAGGCCAACCUCACGCCCUUCUGCUCGACCCUCCCAAGACAGCUACCCACUAAGCAGUUCUUCUUUCCAAAGGCCUCCGCCAGGUGUCGCUGCCCUUCGGAACGCCGGAAAAGUGGCGGGAAACAGACCACUACUUCGGAGACCUUACCCAACGAGACCUGGGAAUGUUUUGAGACCCUUUGUGCCACGGCGGCCUCCUCUUCCUUCCUCCUCCUCCUCCUCCUCUUCUUCUUCCUUCUUCCCCUUCAGUUUGUUUACUUAAUGGAUGAAAAUUGUGUUCGUGUGAGGUGUUGAGGCUGGUACUAAUGUUUCCUUUUCUUCUUCCUCCUCCUCCGUUUCUUCCCUAUAGAUUUGUUUGAGUUAUGCAUAAAAAUCAUGAUUCUCUUUUCUUCUUCCUCCUCCUCCGGCCUUUCUUCCAUAUAUUUGUUUGAGUUAUGCAUAAAAAUCGUAAUAUUCUCUCUUCUUUUUCCUCCUCCUUUUUCUUCCAUGUCAUAAUAUUCACGUGGGAAGAGUUGAGAUUGAGGACUCGGGCUGUGGUCUUUUAAUUCCUUUUUCUCUGCCUCUUUUAUCACGUUUUUUCCUUCGCUAAUGCAUAAAAAAUCGUAAUUCUCUCUUUCCUUCCUCCUCCUCCUCCCCCUUUUCCUUCCAUAGUCAUAGUAUUCAAGUGGGAAGAGUUGAGAUUGAGGACUCGGGCUGUGGUCUUUUAAUUCCUAUUUCUCUGCCUCAUUUAUCAAGUUUUUUCCUUCACACCUUCCUCUCCUUUCGUCAGUUUGGGUGCAGAAAACAAUACAACAACUGACAAUGUAAAAAUCGUGUCUUUCUAUACUCAAGUAGCAACUAACUAUUUAUAUAUUUAAUUACCCCGUUUUUCCCUUCUAUAGUCUCAUCUUAAAGGCAGUUCAAAAGAUGCAUAAAACACAAUAACUAACAGUGUAAAAAUAGUCUCCCUACUCAAGCGUUAACUAAUUAUUUAUAUAUUUAAGUUAAUGUAUUUAUUUGCGGAGAACACACAAAACUCCGCUGUAUAUUUAUGAUGGUGGGAAACGUGAAUUUAUUUAUGUAUUCAUAUGAUUUACUAAAGGCAUUGCAUAUGGA